CAGCCUCUCUUUUGGCUCCUCCAGAACCUCUUAUUGAGGUUCUGGCUGCACUUCUCCCCUCACCUAUUAAUCUGUGCACACCCUAUCCGUGGCCCCCCAAUGUCGUGGGACCUCCUGGUCAACCUCCUCUUGGCUUUUGCCAAGAUGGCCAUUUAUAAGACCAGGCAGCAGAGAUUGGCUGGGGGAGGGGCCUGCGACUGUGGGGCCUAUUUCCAUUGUUGCAUCCACUCACUGAUCUGGGAAGAGUUCCAAUGGGCAGCGUCCGCUGGCUCUCUCGAGGCCUUCAAGGAGCAGUGGGCACUGUCCAGGGUUCUCUGCUCGGUGUCCCCAUCCAGUUCCCUUGUUUUAGCCCUUUGACCCUUUUUCUUUAUUCCCUGGAAUCAUUUGGUGUCUAGGGCUCUUUAGAUCCUGACCGUAGGCUGGGGGAGGGUCCUUUAGAGACCCCAAUAGGACCAGGCUUCUGUAGCCCCCUGCUCUUGGGCUGCCACACUAGGAAUAAGCUAGGGAAGGCUAGGUAUAUGCCACGGAUCUAUAACAAAACAGGUGAUUGUAUAAAUCUAGCUAUGCUGCCAUUUAUUUCCUUACCACGUUAAACUGAAUAAAUCCAUAGUAGUGUGUCUGGGAGCAAGAGCUAGUUAGUUCAGUAUGUCCAGUGGUUUCAUUUGGAUAAGCACGGGGGUUUUUAAUAGGACAAAGAAGCUUUCAUCUGUAAAUUGCAGGUUCCAAUCCAGUUCAGAUGAGUAAUUACCAGCAGUCAUUACCAUCUGAUGGCUGUGUAGCCUGUGUAAAAUUAGAUGGUGAUCUCUGUACAGCUCCUAGUGGACAGGCAUCAACAGAAACCUCCAUGUUUGGGCAUCCUUGUUUGUCAUCCCAGUGAAGGUUUGAAUGGGCUUCCAGACUGAGGUGUCCUCUCACCCAGGGGUGUGUGCAAGGGGGGGGACAACAAACGGGGCCCAGCUCUCCUCCCCCGUCAGCAAGGCACACAGUACUUCCCCUGCUCUGGGGCUGUGGUGGGAGAGAGCUGAAGCUGUGGAGCUGGGGGUGGAGGAACUCUUCUCUCCCUCCCACAACCCUGAUGCUGGGGCAGUCCUUUCUCUCCAGGGACCAGUUAUGUGGGGGGACAAGCAGCUCCUUCUGGGGUCAAAAGAUGUAGUGAGUGCCUCCCCUGGGAUUGAAAGGGAGGAGGGGGGUGAGCUGCUCCUUGGGCUGGUUGGAGAGGGUGAACUACUCCUGCAGGUGGGAAGGGGGGAGAGAAAGCUUCUGUGCCCCCGCAAAAAGGGGUCACAUUUAAAUUCUUGCACACUACCCUGUUCUCACCCCUUAGUGAUAGUGUCUCUUCAGAACAGCUGGUAGUUUGAGGUACUUUGGCAUGAGGCACUGUGGGAAGCUGGCACUAUUGUCUGUGCUGUUAUAGGAGAUGCUUCUGUUUUUCUUUGUCUGUCUGACAGCUCCUAUGAUCACUAAAUUCACUUACUGUUCCAAACACCACAACCUACUGUUCAAACCCAUGAGGCAGAAGGCAGUGUAUGUACCAUGUGGCAUUUAACUCAUGACCAGCAGUGGCAAAAAGGCAAAAACUAGGCAAUCAAUGAACAUAGUGGAGCUAAGCCCUGAAGCAAAACUGUGUACUUACUCCAUCCGUUAGACUCUUGGGCAAAGGAGAUAUAGCCUGAAAGUUCUACCAACUUGCACAAAUAUCACUCAGUGAAUCUGGGCACGGGUAGGAGUAGAACCCAAGAAUCAAGACUUUUCCUUCUUUAACUACUAGACUGCACUCUUGUUCACAGCUAACAUGAAGGUAAUCAUUUGUCUGAUUUAACUGUGGAGUAAGGUGUCACAUGCUGAAAUGUCACACUUGUGACAUGGUACAUAGUACACAGCACAUAAGAAAGAGUAUUUGCAGUAUGUGGUUUGCUGUUUCAUUUUUUGCUCACAGUGGUUUGGGGUUGUUUUGUACACAGUUCCGGAAGAAAAAGCUAAAAUUCUGCAAGAGUCACAUUCAUGACUGGGGUCUCUUUGCUAUGGAGCCCAUUGCAGCUGAUGAGAUGGUGAUUGAAUAUGUGGGUCAGAACAUCAGACAGGUCAUUGCUGACAUGCGAGAGAAACGAUACGAAGAUGAAGGCAUUGGGAGUAGUUACAUGUUCAGGGUCGACCAUGACACCAUCAUUGAUGCCACAAAGUGUGGAAACUUUGCCAGGUUUAUUAAUCAUAGCUGCAAUCCAAAUUGCUAUGCUAAAGUCAUCACUGUGGAGUCUCAGAAGAAGAUUGUCAUCUACUCAAAGCAGCACAUCAAUGUGAAUGAGGAAAUUACCUAUGACUAUAAGUUCCCGAUCGAAGACGUAAAGAUCCCAUGUCUGUGUGGCUCUGAGAACUGCAGAGGGACCCUGAAUUAAUCCCGAGGCUUCUCGUCACACUUGCACUUUUGGUCAUGUCAGAACUGCAGUAACCAGGUGUGGUUGCACUUUGCCAAAAGAAAGAAGAAAACCAAGCACGUUUCACACUUGUCAGGUUCACAAGCGAAAGCAAGCAGUGCACAUGCAUACUAGGGCUGUUCAUAUUUCAGGUGCUCUUCCUCUUCAGAUCCAACACAAAAGGUGAUUACCACUUUGUGGCAUAGUAUAUCCGAACACUAGCUUCUCUGUUCAGUCCCUAUGUUGUUGCUCAUCAUACAAUAAUGGUACCUUUGUUAGUGUUUUUUUUUUUUUUUUUUUUUGGUAAAUCUUUGUCUUUCCAUAAAUGCUGCUACCUUUUUGGUUGAAAAAGACAUUCAACAUUUAAAUGUGAAGCAGAGACUGAAAAUGCCAUAGAGUUUUGUUGGGAGUUUGAUUGGCUGAAAUUGCAGACUUAGAGUAAGCUGAUAAGUAAGGUUGAUGUUACAGAGCAAGCCAGAGGCUUGGGUGCAAAAGUGUGUUCUCCUGGGUGUGUGUACAGUGAGACUAUAGAUGAAAAGGCAGGACAGUUCAUAAGAGAUGGGCCUGAUCAAUUCCUCUGACCCAAACAUCUGGGAAUGCUGGGGAACAUUCAGAUCUGUAAUAGACCUGAACUUAACACCGUAGGUUCACCUUUAAUUUUCACACUCCAUGCUGGUAUUUGGUGGGGAGGGAAUCAAUAGUUCUAUAACUCUACAGGAAAAAUAUUUAAUACCACAAUCUGUAUAAUUAAUCAGCUAUUUAGUCCUUUGUUGCAAAAGGUGAAUUAGUAAAUGGCUUUUUCUGUAUCUGUAUUUCUGGUGGAUCUAUUUCUUUCAUUCAAAAUACUGAGGCUGAAAUUAAAUGAUCAGUACAGUCAUUGUUUAGGCUGUAGAAGUCUUACUAUCUUUUAAGCAUACACUACUGGAACUGUUCAUAGAAGAUGGCAUUGAGAUUUCUUUCCCUGUAAGAAACCAACCACUGGGCAUGUUCUGUUGAUUUUCUCCAGUUUAGCCUCCUGAUGUGCAGCUUAACCCUCCCUCCCUCAUGCCUUUUCAUUCAGACUGUUUGCUCUGCACUGUAUGGGUGAGCUUCCUGAUUUACUGCUAAGGAGCUAUAUUCUGCCACUCCUACUCACACUAUUACCUGGCAUUAGUCCCAUUUAUUUCAGUAGGACCAAUUAUGAAGUUAAGGCAUUAAUCAAAGUGUGUGAGGGUAGCACAAUCUGUCCCAAACUCUGUACAAUAUGAAAAUUAGUUUAAGGACCUUUAGCUUCCAAAUAAAAAUAUUGUUUUCCUUUUAGAAAAUAUUUUAUCAUUUUGUAAUGAAAUCCUUGGCUUGACACUAGGGAUUCCAUUUCAAAUGAGACAGAAGCCCCGGCAAUUAUUUUGUAUCUGAAAUAUAUUUGACCCCUCGAAGGUAAGCAGAUCAGUCUUUCAAACUGUAUUUCAUUCCUACUGCUUACAAGUGGAACAUAGUUGUACUGAGCCAUUAAAAAUAUUCUGUAUACGGGAAAUCGUAAUGUAACAUUACCUAAACAUGUUGUCAAUAAUGAAAAAUCUUUUUUCCCUUUAAAUUGGACAACUGAGUUCCGUACUCUUUUUUGACAAGUGACAAUUACUGCCUGAUCAUGCGUCAAUUAUCAGAAGUUGGAAUCUUGAAAGUGAGGAUUUUUAGAAGUUAUUUAUACUGCAUAUGUAUUUGCCAGGACUGCAUUACAGCAUGUAAUAUGGGGUAGACUUCUAUACUUCGUAUCUAUUUCAACCAAAAGGCACAGAGAAGCAGGAACAUACGACUGAUACAAGCUGCCUUAAUAUUAUCUGCAUUUCUAGCUGAGAAUAGUUACAUUAUCCCUUAGAGUGGACAUGGAGUAGUCUCUCCUCCUUUUAAAUUUUGUUUAGUUGAUUUCCCCCCCCCCGUAAAUGCUUUCUGAAAAUAUCAAAUGUCGAUAUUGUGACCUAAAGACAUAAAUUAGAAGCAUAAGUGGCUUCUGUCUUUGAGAGCUGGUUAUAAAUACAGCUUAAUUAGGAAUUAAUUUUGGAAUUAAGUCAACUGCUCCUUUAUUUGUUUUAAUAUGAUUCUUCCAUUCAUACUGUAUCUCCUGUUGGUAUGUCUAAUGCUUUGGGGAAUGCACUAAAGCUUUGUUUCAGAAUUAAAGUUCUGAAUAUCAAACCCAUAUUAAUUUCUCUGCCUUUUUCCUUUCUAUCCCUUCAAACUAAUGUAUCAGUGUUGGUUUCUUACAAAUAUAUUGUCCAAUCUGCAUGUACAAUAUUAUUCCUAUGACACUUAUAACCUCUAUGGAUUGUGAGGGAUGAUAAGGUAACCACAUUCAAUUGCCUCUGUCUUUAUGAUGCACAAGCAGCCUAGAGAGAGACUGGCCAAGAUUUAAAAAAUUAGACUACAAUUAGUUUACUGGGGUGACAUUUUGAAAAGUGCUGAAGUACCAUGAGCUUCUAAAUCACUCUGGCACUUUUAAAAAUUGUAUCCCUAACUCCCUCUUUAGGGUCUUAAAUAACUAUUCUGAUUCUUAUGAGGUGUUCAGCACCCAACUGCUUGCCAUGGGGGUGUUUGAGUUCUCAGCACCUUUGGAAAAACCAGGUUGUGGAUUUCAGAGUCUAAAGAUGGAGCUUAGACUUCAUGCUUCUUUGUUUGUUUUCCCUUUAGAAUCUUGGCUUGCAGGCCCCUGUAUGCAAAGCUUCCAUCUUGAACUGAUCAGCCUCUGAAUGGGCCAGGAUGGAGUGAUUUGAUGGUGGGACUUGUAGUCUCCAAAGGAUGUCUCAGCUAACAUUAAAUGAGCAGCCACAAUGGCCUCCAUUUUAUGCAUAUUAAUUGUAGCUGUCUUAUUCCUGGCAGGUCACCCAUAUGGUCUUGGUUGGGCAAUGUCUGGGCACUCUGUAGAUACAACUAGGUAUUUGGGCUGCUGUAGCAGUUACACAUUUAUGACUCUUUGUAGUUAUGAAGGCUAGUACCCUACAAAACCUGAGAUUGUAGAGCAAAAUGGAGAGAAUGUGUAAACACCAGCCCAAGGCAGGCACUGCCUCAUGCCCUCCUAAACUGGGUGUUGUCAUAGCCAUUAAAGCCCCAUUGUAAAUGGAUGGAAAGAAUUGUAAUGUGGGCAGUUUUCAAGGUGGGUAGAACCAAAGUUAAAGCUUGCCAGGCAUUCUUUGUGGUGGUAUUUGCAGAAGUAUUUUUCUUCAUUGAAGACCAUAUCCUUAAUUUUACUUGGGCUUACAUUACCAAACAACAAGAUUGAAUGUGUUUCCUGCUAAAUUUUAUCACCUCUAACUGGAUGACUUUAAUGUGAAACAAUCCCCUAAAAUAACAAAAGUUGUGGAAAUGUAGUUGCAAUCCUUAUUAUUGUUCCCAAGCGUGAAUGAGCUGGGUUUAGUUGUGUUUGUGAAUGCCUUGGAAAUUGGUGCACAUUAGUAAGUGCCCCCUCUGCUUGCACAGGGCAGGCAGGAUAUGUAGGUUCUUCAUUUAUCUGUCAGUUUUAUACCAAUAUUUUCCAAUUCCAGAACUAUGUUGGGUCCCAGUAAGUAAUUUUAACUAUCAAGGGUGGCAAGGGGCUCAUCAUGCAGAUAUUUUUAUUGUACAGAACAGCUUAUUUCUACAAGAAAAACAUUGUAAAACUCUGACAAUAGAUUCAGUUCCAGGUUUUGUGACCUUUCAGGGAUCAUUUCAGUGCAUUUCUACAUAAAAAAAAAGAAAACAAUUUAAGUUUAGAAAAAAUGCAUCUUCUGUACAUAGACAAAUUUAGAAUCUCUUCAGACACUGUUUCUUGUAGAAACAUGUUGAAUUGUUUUUGCUGAUUUCUUUGUACUUCAAGAGCAUGUAAAUAAUUUAUUAAAAGUAUUAUUGUAAUUUGGAGCUCUUGUUAAAGGGGUUUCAGCUCGAACUCAUGUCAGGAAGACAGGAGAGGGGGAAGGAAUGCAUAUAGAAAAGGAGCUGGUGGCAUUUACAGCUUGUGUCAAGCUUUGUAUAAUGUAAAUUCUGUAAAUGUUUUGGGGGGGUCAAAUAAGUAGAUGAAAUUAGAAGCAUUAAGAAACUGAAGACAAAAGAAUGCCAAGUGGAGGCAUGUGUGCUUUUUUGGGGGCCAGUCUGAAACCUAAUGUGCAAAAUCUAUUUAUUUCAAGUGAGGAAAUGUGUACAGUCUAUUAAUAGACACCCUAAAAUGUAUUAAAGCAAAUCUGCAACUGGAUUUUUUCAAUUUAAUGUUUUGUUUUUAUAAAUUUCCUAUUUAAUUGCAAUUGUAGUAUCUGUACAAGUGAAAAGAAACACAUUGUAAAGGACACUCUAAAUACAAUUGGCAGUUUUAAAAACAAACCCUAAAAGGCUGCCCUCAUUCCUUGCUAUUUCUAGGGUUUUGUAAACAGGUUGUUUUAACUCAGUGUGGAGGUUAAGGUCCUCAUUUAAAAGGAGGCAGGUAAAAUGGUUUGCAAUAAAUGAAAAUUCUGCUUUUUAAAAAAAAAAAUUUAAAUCUGCUUUGAAGAGUUAAGAUUUCUGCUUUCUCUUUUGUUAAGCAAGUUUAUAAAUUUAGGGAUGUUUUGUACAUAUAGAUUCUGUCAUCAGUAUGUAUCUUGUUUUAAAGAAAGUGUUUUUUUGUGGAUGUCAUGCUGUAUAUAUAUUCAUAUUUUUGUGAAUUGAAUACUAUGUACCAUUGUAUUAUAGUAACUUUUAUAAA